AUGCCGACCUCCCGGAUGAUCAGUGUACUUGGACUUUUGACCGUCGGCUGCUGUUCGAUUGUGGCACUGACUACUAUCGCCGACGUGGAUCGGAUGAAACACGAUUUGUCCAAGUUUUUGAGCAUUUCUCGGUGAGCUUGUAAAGUUUUUCGAAAUCAUGCUAGUGCCUUGCCAUUUUUUUUUGCCAUUUCAGUUGUCUUUUGAGAUAUCGAAAAGUUGUCAACUGAUAAAAUGUUCAAUAUAACAUUGUGUGUACAUUUUAUCAUUUGAGUGAACCGUCUUUUUAAGGAUACUUUAUAGACAUCUUCUAGGCGCCACUUAAUUUCCGGUACUUGCAGUUUCAACGAAACCGAAAAGUCGGUGGCCCGAGCGGCAAUCAAAAGAGCACUCGAAGCGGUGGGACUCAACUCGAUGACGCACACUUUCAUCCACGAAGAAUCGGUGAGUUUUCGUCUUAAAACUAUCCAAUUAUAUUAUGCAUGAAUAAAUUCCAGAACGAGAUUGGCGCCAACGUGAUCGCAGUGCAGAAGGGACCGAAUUUCGGCACUGGAAACGAUAAAAUGGUUGUGUUGUCUGCCAACUAUGACACUUUGGAAGGGAAUCAAGGCGUCGACGAUAACGGAUCGGGCGUGGCGGCUGUUCUGGAGGCCGCCCGAGUUCUCUCCACUUUGGACACCCUUUACACGAGGCAGCACACUAUUGUCUACGCGUUUUUUGACAUGAAGCAUAAGGUAGUCCACAUUUCUUCAUCAAACCCUAUUCAAUGUAUCAUUUUCAGGCUCUAGCCGGCUCCCACGCGUUUGUGGAAGACGUGCUCCUUCCGUUGAUGGAGAGAACAAACACGAAAGUGAUCGGAUCCGUGAUCGCCGACGGUCUUUUGCAUUUCGACCCGUUCCCAUCGUCGCAAGCAAUGCCAACCGAGUUCGAAUCGGUAAAAACGGACUUGAUUUGUGUCAAUGUUCAGCGUUUUUUUUCAGUUUUUCCCGGAGGCCGCGCAGAAGCUUCAUGAGCACUCACACAUGGGAGAUUUCAUUCAGAUCUCGUCGAGAAGUGGCGUUGAUGACGAGUUGGUGACCAAGUGAGUUACAGAAGGGCUCUACACUGAGACACAUAUAUAUGAGAGAAUCUCAUAAUGUAGUCGGGUCAACUGAUGCCUCAAAAGUCACGGCGACCGAAAACGUAGAAAGGGGCGUCGGCGUGCACGGUUUAUCACCAUUUUUGCGCGAAAUUCGAAAUUUAACCCCAUUUUUCAUUUUUUUUUUGUCAAAAAUUACCCAAAUUAACGAUGUAAUUGUUAACUUAAUCAUCGCGUGUUAACUUAAUCAUCGCGCGCACUUUUUGAGCUUAAAACGAGCAGGUUUCAUUCAGAAAUGAAUCAAUUGAUGCGAUUUUCAAGUUUUGUGCUGUAAAUACGCGAAUUUCAGUCAUUCGCCGAUCCUUUUUGCCGUUUUAGCGCUUAAAAUACUUGUAUUAACGUGCUUAGUCACUUCCGACACUCAUUUCGUCUCAAAACUAUCCACAUCGGCCGGUAUGAAAAUUCCGAAAUUGCGAGAUAUGCGAAAAACGUCUCAAACGCGGCGUUUUCACAAAAAUUUCGAUGUUUUCUCUGUUUAAUGUCUCUUCUUUCGUCGAUAUCAAACAAAAAUAUCGGAAAAGUGCUGGAAUUGCGGCAAUUUUCAGAAAACGCGUCAAAGAUUAGGCCACGCCUCUUUCUACACUUUUCGUCACCGUGAAAGUGUCCAAUAGACUUAUUAUGGGGUUAUUCAGGCUGUGAAAAAAUGAUUGUUUUCCGUUUUUUUGCGUUUUUUUACGUCAAAAAAUUCAAUUCAGCGAUGUAAAAAAACGAAAAAAAAAACGGCAAACAAACAUACGCUGAAUAGCCCCAUUAGAACUCACCGAGUGCUUGGAUUUGCGCUUAAAAGCGCUCAACUUUUCAUAAUUUUUGUGUUCUUCAGAUUCUCGCGAGCGUACGAUCGUUCGUGCGAGAUGCUCUCCGCCGAUUGGCCAUUCCAUCCGUGGGCGCUCAACCUCCAAAUGGACAUCCUCAACAUCACAUCUCUUGACCGGUUAUACAAGUUCGCCCAUUUUACACCUCACUAACAUUCUUAAUUCGAUUCGCCAGCCUGAAGUUAACUUCUUUUUAGUUCGACAAUACAGAUUAGAAUAGUUUAGACGCGUUGCGACCCGCUUAAUCUUUAACCAAUCGUGCGUAGUUUUUAAAAUACAAUAAAAGUUCCCGUAAUCUAUUAACUAAUAAUGGUUUCAGACUUCAUCCGUUCCUCUACUCGGACCACUCUUCAUUCUUUUUCCACUCAAAACAGUCCGAUGUUCAAAUUCCGACCAUUUACCUGACCGACACUUGUGAGUUUUAGAGUAACAUGGUAAAAACUUCAACAACCAAGAAAAACUUCAGUGAACCUUCGCGGAGUCCGUCAAUAUUGUGUUCAAUGCGACGGACUGUACAUGAUGACCGAGCAAAACAUGAAGUUUCUGUCUUUGAUGGCUGAUUCGCUCAUUAGAUUUUUGAUUGAAAUGAGUGGUUCUUCAGGUAACUUCACUCUUUACACGAUCUCCAGAGCUGACAAUAUGGGCGUGGCGGCCUCGGCCAAAUGGCGUUUUCACGAAUUGAGCAGGUUUUCUCUGAUUUUUGUGGUCAAAGACGAUGAAAAAUGAUUGUUCGACAUGAAAAAACACUAAUUCUGAGAAUUAAUGACGUUUUGGCGCAUUUUUCGCGGACUUUGCUUUUUCGCCUUCGUCGCCGAUCGCCGCCUAAAAACCGCACUUCUCAUUUUGCGCUUUCUUGACCGUUUUCAGACAGAAUUGGUUUUUAGAAUGAUAAAUCACGUAAAUACAAGCAUUUUUUCGAAAAUUAAAAAAAAGGCAACUGAAAUUCACGCAGUUUUAGCGAAAAACCUUCAAACGGAUAAAUGUGAUUUGCGACUUGACCAAAUUUGCGCUUUAAAAAUUCGUAAUAGCCUAUACAAUCGGUCUAUCGAAAGACAAAUGAGAAAUAAUCGGUUUUUCGUGGCUAAUCUGGAAAAAAACACAAAUUUUGCUGUUAAAAUUUGAAUUUCGCGCCAAUGUAUCGCUCUAUUGGGCGGGGCGCACUUGCGCUCAUUGUCAGCUCUGGAGGAUGUGAUAUUAUUUUUUUAUUUUAUUAAAUGCUUAAAUUUUUCAGCCAUGUCAGUCGUCGACGAUUUGUACGCUUUCAUGUUCAAUAUUGAUGUUGAAUAA